GGAGUUUCCACAAUAGAAAUACAUACUCUUUGGUCCUGGAUAGGUAUAAAUGCAAGGGUUAACCCAGGCAGUAUGUCAGUUCAUUAGCUGGAAACAAAGCAAGUGAUCAUGGGCAAGGUUAUCUUCUAUGAGGACAGGAACUUCAUGGGGCGCUCCUGGGAGUGCACCGGUGAUUGUGCCGAUAUGCACUCUUACAUGAGUCGCUGUCACUCCUGCAGGGUGGAGAGCGGCUGCUGGAUGGUCUACGACCGCACCAACUACAUGGGAAACCAGUAUUUCAUGAGGAGGGGCGAGUACGCUGACUACAUGAGCAUGUGGGGCUGGGGCAACAACUGCAUCAGGUCUUGCCGCAUGAUCCCCAUGUACAGAGGAUCCUACAGAAUGAGGCUCUACGAGAGGGACAACUUCAUGGGUCAGAUGAUGGAGGCGACGGAUGACUGUGAUUCCUUCAUGGAUCGCUACCACUGGUCCAACGGCUGCAUGUCCUGCCACGUGAUGGACGGCCACUGGCUCAUGUAUGAGUAUCCACACUACAGAGGCAGGAUGUGGUACUUCAGGCCCGGAGAGUACAGGAACUUCAGGGACUACGGUGGCAUGAGGUUCAUGAGCAUGAGGCGCAUCAUGGAUUCCUGGUAUUAA